UGUGCGUAACGUGCUGGCGACGGAAACCCGGUUUACCACGACUGUUCGCGCGAAUGCAGACGUGUGUUAUAAAUGAAUGUCGUGAAGUGUAGCGAUUAGCUCGACGUACUGAUACACGAAUCUCUGUAAAGGCUUUGACGUGUUUUGAUAUUUUGACAUCAGUGAAUGCUUAUUAAAUUGCAUGGGCGCAGUGUAACAGCAGGGGGAUGUUGCAAUCUGUUUGUCACCACUGACUUCUGCAUUGUGAGACCGACUAGAGUGACUAGGUCUGUGAGAGCGGCCGUCAUGUCUGCAGCCUGUCCCCCGCAGUCUCCCGGCGUGGCUAAGACUGAAGUGCUGGUCGAGGACUGGUGUCCCGUGUUGGCCGCGACCUUCGCUUACUGGGACAACAUCCUGGGACCUCGUGUACAGCACAUCUGGGCCCCCAGAGGUCAGGGGUUGUCGCUGCUCAGCGACGGAGAGGUCACGUUUCUGGCCAAUCACACGCUGAACGGCGAGAUUUUGCGUAGCGCGGAGAGCGGCGCAGUGGAUGUGAAGUUCUUCGUCUUGGCAGAAAAGGGAGUCAUCAUAGUCUCGCUGAUUUUUGACGGAGAACUCAAGGGCGACAAGAACACUUGCGCUCUGUCGAUCAUCCUGCCGCAGUCCGAGCUAAGCUUUUACCUGCCGCUGCACAGCGUGUGUGUGGAGAGACUCAAGCACAUCAUCCGCAAGGGACGCAUCUGCAUGCAGAAGGGCUACAACAUAAUUCCUGUGUUGUCGUCGGAGAUUGUUCCCAUAAUGGAGCUUCUCACGUCCAUGAAGAAACACAGUGUGCCAGAGGAAGUGGAUCUAAAGGACACCGUGCUCAAUGAUGAUGAUAUUGGAGACAGCUGUCACGAAGACUUUUUACACAAGGCUAUCAGCUCUCAUCUUCAGACCUGCGGCUGUUCAAUGGUGGUUGGCAGUAAUCCUGAGAAAGUCAAUAAGAUCGUGCUCACGCUGUGCCUCUUCCUCACUCCUGCAGAGAGAAAGUGCUCUCGACUGUGUCACCCCGACGGCUCCUUUAAAUAUGACACCGGCCUCUUUGUUCAAGGCCUCCUUAAGGACUCCACAGGCAGCUUCGUGCUGCCCUACCGGCAGGUGCUCUACUCCCCGUACCCCACCACCCACAUCGACGUGGACACUGCGGUCAAGCAGAUGCCACCCUGCCACGAGCACACGUAUCAUCAGCGGCGUUACAUGCGAGCCGAGCUCAGCGCCCUCUGGAAGGCCGCCAGCGAGGAUGACAUCAGCUCUGACAACCUCAUCAAUGCCCAGGACUCAUACACACCAGACUUGAAUAUAUUUCAAGACGUGAUGCACAAAGACACACUUGUGAAGUCUUUCAUAGAUGAGGUGUUUCUUUUGAAACCAGGUCUGUCUCUGCGGAGUGUGUAUUUGUCCCACUUCCUUCUCCUGCUGCACAGAAAGGCCCUGACACUGCUCAGAUAUAUUGAGGAUGAGACGCAGAAGGGUAAAAAACCUUUCAGAUCUCUACGCAACUUGAAAACUGAUUUGGAUUUAACAGUGGAGGGCGACCUGAAUAUCAUCAUGGCGAUGGCGGAAAAGCUGCGGGCAGGCCUUCACUCCUUUGUUUUUGGGAAGUCUUUCCUUACCAGUGUGCAGGAACGUGACCUCCUCAUUAACUUCUGACCUCUGAACCCCGUGCUCAUCGCAGCACAGGACACUCUUGCAUCCCGAUGUUUAUUUUUUUGUUUACAGCCUUCUAAACAACACCUGCUGCUGAAGUAUUGACUGAUUCGCGUGUGAUUUAAAAAAACAAAAACAAAAAUGGUAACCUGCUUAUUGAUGCUGAUGAAUUCAUAUUUGUGUGAAGAAGAUUUUGUGCGUAUGAAAUUCUUGAAUGAGAGCAUGAGACACAAUCAAUGUUUAGAUGUCACACUUAAUGGGUUUUUGGUCUAACUGACGUAUACCUUCAUUAAUAGUAUAAUAUUAUAUUGUAACAUGGCAAAGAACAAAGUUGAAGUAACUUUAAUCCCACUCAAAGUUUGUCUUCUAUGGAUAUGAUUUUCCUCUGAUUUAAAUUGGAACACCACAAAGUAAUUUAAAAUAUGGUUUAAUUAAAGUAACCUUAAUUCUGUAAUAACGUUACCUGGGCUUUUAUCUAUGAUUGUCUGAAGACUUUACAGGUGACAGAUGUGUUACUUUGCAGAACUCCAGUUACUGGGAGACUUUUCUUUGUUCCUUUACUUGAGCCUAACAAACUAAACUAACGGUUAAUUAAAUGGCUCAUACUUUUGCAUCUGGCUUGGGGCAUGAAUAUAGGAAAGCUGGUGGAAAUGCGGGAAAAGCGAAAUGCAGCUUGAAUCAUAAAGCCAAAUCUCUGGUGUACAGUGUGCAAGGAAGUCAGCAAAUAACAGGAAGGGCCCCAUAGACAUCACGCUUUGAUUUUGAAGGGUUCUUCCACAAGAUUUUACUCCACUUCUAUGUAUGUUAUGUAUCAAACAGACAUUGCAUUAAUGGUAGAUUUCUAAUGUUUAUUCAAGACACAAAUGGAGUUUUGAAUAUUUUGGAUUAUUUAUGGAAUCAUAAUUGGACGUUUAUUUUAAACUGUGACAUGCAUACUGAUAUAUUUCAAGUGAGCUGUGACUGUGUUGUCUUAAAAAAGUGUGCCUUUUGUUUCUGAAACAUGACUUAUUUAAUUGUGCCUGUUAAAAUCUUUUAAUUAUUUGCUGUUCUAAAUAAAGAAAAAAAAUUGAGUCUUA